UAGGUAGACAAUGAUUCGUUGAGCGCGGUCUAAGUCUCUCCCCCGUUGGCUGGGUUGUACACGUCAGCAGUCAAUAAGUUGUGCCCAACAUGUAUGAUAGUCCAAUCAUACGCUUCCUGGAAUGAACGUGCUAACUUAUAACACCUACUUUAUGGUGGCGAAAACAAGCGGCGGAAGCAACAGAUUGCCAAAUGACACGGUUUUGAAGUGGAAAGACGGUCACGCGAGGGAACAGAAACUGUCAAAGUGUGUGUGACAUUUUGUUGAAGACACACGUGACGCGACGUCUUGCCAUCGACACUGAAGAGUUGGAUUUUUACCGCACAAGGAAACUUUGUGGAUGACAAGUUUACUAUGUGGACGCACACGCGAGGGUGAAUGAAAACCACUGCUUUUGUGAUCCUUAGUCUGUUUUCACCCUGAGAAAAUGAGGUUUCGGUUGCUCAGGAAGAAUCUGCUCGUCCUGCUGGGUGUUUCCUUUGUAGUUUUUGCUCUGCUGUUUUCUACACGUGUGUUUUUAUAUCCCGUAAAGGAAAACAGUGAACCUAACUCUGUCCAUGCAAAUCAGCCUUUGCAUCCAGGUGAGAGGAUGAAGUUAAACUUUGGGUCACUGACGGAACUGACUGAGUCUAUUUACAGUUCCAAUUACAAGCAGUGUGUUUACAAUGCUGAUAAGUUUCCAGGAGAGCCCGAACUUGUGCUGGUUGUGCAGGUCCACAACAGGCCUGAAUAUCUCAGGUUACUCAUCAAGUCACUGGAGAAAGCUGCUGAGGUCCACAGCUUCCUCCUCAUCUUCAGCCAUGACUAUUUUACAGAGCAAAUAGACGCCAUUGUGCAAGGUAUUACUUUUUGCAAAGUACUGCAGAUUUAUUUCCCUUUCAGUACUCAGCUGUAUCCCAAUGAGUUUCCUGGGCAGGAUCCACGAGACUGCCCUCGAGACAUACCCAAGGACAAUGCCCUCAAAAUAGGAUGCAUCAAUGCAGAACACCCUGACUCCUAUGGACACUACAGGGAGGCUUCCAUCACUCAAACCAAACACCACUGGUGGUGGAAAAUGCACUUUGUAUGGGAGCGAGUGCAGGCAUUGCAGGGAUACAACGGCUAUGUCAUUUUUCUGGAGGAGGACAACUACAUCCUACCUGACUUUUUCCAUUUCUAUAGAUCAAUGGCAGAGUUCAAGAAGAACAGCUGCCCUGACUGUGACAUUCUAGCUGUGGGUAACCAUAAUAGCCUCAAUGAUUUUACCAGACUAUCAAAUAAAGUGAUGACAACUGGGUGGAUGUCCACCAAGCACAACAUAGGCAUGGCCAUAUCCAAGGAAGUUUACUACAAACUGAUGGGCUGUACCAAAGAGUUCUGCACUUACGAUGACUACAACUGGGAUUGGACUAUGCAGCACAUCUCUGGAACCUGCAUAUCAAAGCCCCUCAAGGUGCUUGUGGCACAGGGCUCUAGGGUUCUCCACACUGGAGACUGUGGCCUCCACCAAAAGGAAAACUGCAGGCCGGAAUGGGCGUCUCAGAAAGUUGAAGAGAAUCUUCAAUUGGUCAAGCACGGCCUCUUCCCUCAGUCUCUGGUUCUUGAUAGUGCAGACGCAGUGGAGCACAAGGCACAUAUGAAGAAUGGAGGAUGGGGAGAUGUUCGAGACCAUAGUCUGUGCAAUGAUUAUGCCAAACGCCUUUAAGAUACAACUUUUCUUUAAGAAUUAAGAGUAAAACCUGUAUGGGUAUUCUGCUAAUUUUCCGUUCACUCACAGCUUUUCAGGGUUUCAGAGGCUGGAGACACUUUGUGUUAUUAAUGAACUCUUUUCAGUGAGGUCUUCCAGGAAACAGGACCAAAUCAAAUUCAAGCAUAUUUAAACACAACAUACUUAAGUUUGUUUGUUAAGUUUUUUGUUUUAAUUCACCAAAGACUCGCCAAAGAUCUUGAUCCUUGUUGCUGUGUGAAAUGCAUGUAAGCUUUGUAAUGAUGUUUAAUUACAACUAAUCAAGUUUGUCAGUUUCUCAAAUGCCAAAAUGUUAGUUUAAUAUCAUGACAAAGGGACAAUAUAGGAAAAUGUAAAAGGGAGGGCGUACCCACUCUACAGUUCCUUAACAUAGAAUUCCAUACAAGAUUUUUUACAAACUAGUUCAAUAUGUGAAUUAAUGGGUUGAGUUGAUUUUUAAACCUUUUUGCUGCAAUAUGUUUAUUAUUGCUUUUUAUGAUAAAUUGUGGUAUGCUACAACUAGAUAGCACAUACAAUGUACUGACUUAGAGCUUUAAUCAAUGCGUGACUAUUUUAAAUUCAGAAAGAUGCAGGUUAAGAAUUCAUACAACAGAAAUUAUGAUACUGAAUGUAACCUGUCAGAUUCUGUUAGUUAUAACCUGAGGCCUUUUCUGAGGUUUGGUCACCUGACACAAUGAGAUUAAAUGGUCCUCUACUCUUACUGUAUCUAGCUCUGUUUGCAACCAUGCAAACUGGCAUAAUAUUGGUUUUUUUUCUGUUUUAUUUACUUUCUGAUAGAGGCAAAUUGACCCUUUGGAACCAUGUUAAAGACUUGUAGUUCUACAAAACCAGGGUCAUCUCUGACCCCUCAGUUUACCAGAACUAAAUGAAAACUCACUAAAGAGCUUUUAAAUUGUAUCAACAGGGAACAUUUCUAUUUUAUAAUGUUCAUUUAAUUCUUGAAAGCUUCAUAAUGAUAUCCAAAUGCAACUGUACUUACUUAUUUUUACAGUGUGAAAAAUGACAGAACUACCACUAGCAUUUUGAUGCUAUUAUCGCCUUAAAGCUGACCAAAAGUGCCUUCUUAUUGUUCCUCUGUGCCUUUAAUGUAGUGUAAGAUAUACAUAUUAUAAUGGUGCACUGAUAUCAAUGUUCACAAACGUGUAAAUGCUGGGGACUUGUGGUUUUCCUGAUGUGUGUUGGUAGUGUCCAUAUCCAUGCAAUGUUAAGGGAAAGUAGAUUGUGAAUGUAUCACAAAGUCUUGAUUCUCAGUCAGGUGAGAUGAUGAAUCACUUUGGUGUCUUCCUUGUAGCGGGUAAAAGUGGCCUAAGAUAAGGCAGGUGCACCUUACUGAGCCUCAUGGAGGUUACUGCAAAAUAUAUACUCAAUGAUUUUGAUGAGAAUGAAAUCAGUUCUUUAUUUUGAAAGGCAAAAUACAUCCCUCGGGACCAGCCUAUGUAAAUGACAGUGAAAUACAUGAAGAUGUACAUAUUUGGAUGACUUCCUCUAAUGUCUGUAUGAGUUUUCUUUGUGAGGUGCACAGUUGCCGACUGAAUGUUUUUUUUUUUUGUUUCUCUCAGUCAUUUAAAAAACUAUUCAGUGUUCACAAAGUGUUUGGAAAAAUAAAAGGGAGAAAUGAAAAAGGAA